CAAAUCAAAAUGAUCCAAACUGAAUUGUAUUGAAAAAUCAUGAAUCAACCUGUUUUAGUGAGAGUUGUUAGCAAUAAUUAGUUUUUUUAUUCGGUUUGAUUCCGCGGUUCAAUUCAAUUUUUUGGUUUUUUUUUCCAUCCAAAAAAAAAAAACGCAGUAGCUACACACGUGGGUGACGAAAGUACCCUUAUGUUUAGUUUCAUUUUCUGCAUCAAUCAACAUAAUACAACAUGGCCCUUUGAUUUCUCCUUCCAUGUUAGAAGAAGAAGAAGAAGAAAGAGAAUAACAUCACAAAUACGCAGAAGAAGAAGAAGAAGAAGGAUGAUACCGCAGCAGUGGGCAUCUCCAUGCGGAAACAAAUGCACCAACAAAUACGCAGCCCUCACCAAACUUCCAUGGCGAGUAUUCUGCAAAAAAGGAUGCAAUUCAGAUGGAGAGACAUGGGAAGAAUGUUUGGAGGACUGCAAUCAACUAUGCUACAAAGAUCCUGUACUGAAGGACCAACAGUGGAGUGCUUAUAUUGACCGUUCUCCUGGAUCUGCUACUUAUUCAGAGGAAUGUUUCCAUGCUUGUGUAUCUGGCUGCGGUUACAAGUUUGAGGUUAAACCAGAUGAGGCUGAUAAAGUCUGUCCUAACAGGCCAUUGAAGCCUGAGCCCGAGCCUGCUCAGAAGCAGAAGACCAAGCCUGUUCAGAAGCAGAAGCCAAAACAUGUCGACCCCAUUGACCCACCUGAUAUACCAGACACUUCUGCAUAGUUCAAGAAAACCCAAGCUUACAAGAAACAAAGAAUGCGUCCUGAAGAAAAUACUUUUUGUUUUUAUAUUUUGAUUAUAAAAAUAUCACUUCAAUUUUGGACAAACUGAAAAUAAGUGAUAGUUUUACAAUUAAAAUUUAAAAGAAAUUAAAACAGAAAAUGUUUCUUCAAGAGACCCCUAAUUAUUCUUUAUUUUCUACACUUGCAGGAAUUUAUGUUUUCUUUUUAACUUAGUUCGUGCUUGUUAUCAGCAUGAUUAAGAUCCAUUUUGUAGGCAACAUUGCAAUAUAAUGAUUUAUGCUUCUUAAGUAUUUCAUUUUGGUUCGAGAACGUUGGAUUAGAAUGUAACUGUUGAUGCCAUGAGUUUUAUUAUGGAGAGUAGACCUAGAUUUCAAUUUUCUAUC